AAUAACAGAGGAAUUUUGUAACUUGUUUAAUGUACUAGCGAUUAAAUUUGCUAUGGCUUACGGUAAUUACAUCCUAAACCCGUAAUGAGGCUACCAGUCGUGUCACGUGACUAUUUAGAACCUGGACGCAGCUUUGGCUAUUUAUAAAUGUCAUUCAUUGAUAGAUUCUCGGCAUUAUUUAAGAUAAAAUUGAACCAAACAGUUUAACCAAUUUGGUAGUGUGUAAAUAAUUAUACUAAAUGACAUCUAAUGACAACCAGUAACAUCACAUGACAAAAAGUGAUAGCAAAUGAAAACAAGUGACAUCACAUGAAAAUAAAUGACAUGAGAUGACAACAUUGCAUCACACGACAAGUCUUUGUCUCAAAACUUUUUAAAAAAUCAAGGGUCUAACAUGGCCCUGGCCAAGACCCGCCAAGAAAUCACAUAGUAAUAACGAGUUACCGUGACAACAGACAAGUCAUGAGUUUGGUCAAGUUGACAUGUCACGAAAACAACAAUAUGAAGGAUAUAUAUAUAUAUACAUAUAACAUAAUAAUUAAUGUAAUGGUUAAAUAUUUCAUGUUAAUGAUAAAGAUCGCUUUAACAGAACAUCCCAAUAGUGAAUGUGUUGGUGAAAUUUGUAUGUCAAUGAUAAGCAUCUCCAUAACAAGACACCCCAAUACUGAUCCAUGGUAUGAAAUAAUCAAGCAUUACCAUUUGACGUUGUCAGAGGCUGGUCUAGACAAGGAACAUCAUGUGUAUGUCAAGUUCCCCAAUAGAGGCGAAGCAAUAUUGAUACCUGUCGGAUGUACAGACACGCAUGGCAACGAUCUUUCCAUUGAUGAAGUAAGUCUGUCAAAUAAGAUACGUCUAUUCGUACAAAUCUGUGUUGGUUUCCGUCUUUGUUGUUUACCGAGGUAUCAAACGAGACCAUGGAGACACGAUCAAUGCUACAUUGUAACUUUUAAGGACGAUUUAAAGAAAGUAAUAGUCGUACAAAUGUAGGCAAUCGACUUCUCUCUGACGCUUCAAACGUGUGACAAAUACAAGUAGUAAUCCUAAGAUGAACACAAUUCAAGUAGGAAUCAUAAAUGUAUUCUAGAAAAGAUAACUAUUGGAGGCCAGUGCAUUUUGUCAAGAAAUGUUUAUCCUUAACACAACGUUAAAAAUAUCGCUGCCAUUUUGUCUUGGCAACUUUACAAAAAUGAACAUUGUAAUAAUAAAGGGGUGACCUACAUUAGAAGGAGUGUCCUAUAUUAAAAGGAGUGUCCUACUUUAGAAGGAGUGUCCUAUAUUAGAAGGUGUGUCCUAUAUUAAAAGGAGUGUCCUACUUUAGAAGGAGUGUUGUAUAUUAGAAGGAGUGUCCUAUAUUAGAAGGAGUGUCCUACUUUAGAAGUAGUGUCCUACAUAAGAAGGAGUGUCCCGUAUUAGAAGGUUUGUCCUAAUUGAGAAGGUGUGUCCUACUUUAGAAGGAGUGUCUUAAUUUAGAAGAUGUGUCCUACUUUAGAAGGAGUUAUAACCUGACAUUUUUUUCUGGUUAUCGUUAUAAUGUGACCGUUUCUUUAUCGUCAUUAUUUUAGAGUGGCUGUCUUUACUGUCAGCCUUAUUAUCGUCAUUAUUUUAGAGUGGCUGUCUUUACUGUCAGCCUUAUUAUCGUCAUUAUUUUAGAGUGGCUGUCUUUACUGUCAGCCUUAUUAUCGUCAUUAUUUUAGAGUGACUGUCUUUACUGUCAGCCUUAUUAUCGUCAUUAUUUUAGAGUGACUGUCUUGACUGUCAGCCUUAUAAUGUAGUAUUUUGUUGUAGGACGCUACCUUCCAAUGUAGGACACUCCUUCUAAAGUAGGACACAAUAAUGACAAUGAACAAAAUGUUGCGUUAGAAGAUUGACAAUAAACAAAGGUUUACAUUGUGAAAGUGACAACAAACACAUUACAAUAAAAAUAAUGACAAUAAACAAAAAAUUACAUUAUAACAAUAUUCAUUAGCAAAAUGUUACAAUAUAGCAAUUGCCAUAAACAAAAUGUUACAUUUUAAAAUGACAAUAACAAAAUAUUACAAUAUAGUAAUGACAAUAAACAAAAUGUUACACUAUAACAUUAACAAUAAAAAAAAAUAUGACAGAUUCUUCUUAUUUUGUCAGAUUAUUAUUUUUAAAAUAAUUCUUUCCAUAAACCAUAAUUUUGUUCUUACAUUUUUCUUUUUUUUUCUUAAAACAAAUUAGAUAACAAGCAAUUUAUUCAGCGACCGUGGAAUUCCCAACCCUGACCAAUACAGAAUGGAAAUUACUGCACGUGAUGGUCACGUUAUACAAGCAGGCGGCAAAGAACGGUGCACAGACUACAUCCAAUAUUUCGCAUCAGAUAUCUGUAUUACUUAUGUUCGAAAGUAAGCAGAAUUUCAAAGACAUUAUAAGAUAAGAUAAUAUUCUUUUAUUGAUCCAAAUAAAUGGAAACGUGUUUUUGAUUGCGUCAUACAUUUUAAGCACAUACAUAAAACAAUUUGAAGACAAGACAUUUAGAAUAAAAUGAUUUCAAAAAGCCGUUCAGUGAGUUCUCUUAGCCAAAUACGUCCAGAUAAAGCAGAGAUUAAUAUAGAAGUGAUCAGAGUGAAAAUUUUGAUAGAAAUUAUUGUGAACUUGAUAUCCGUGAAUAUUUUGAUAUAUAUUAUUGUUAACAUGAUAAAAGUUAACAGUUAAAUUUUGAUAUGGCAUCGCUAAUUAUUCAUUGAAAUAUUAAUAAAGGAUAAUUAAUUUAUAGAAAUUUCCCAUAAAUUUUAGGCAUCCUUUAAAAAUACAAUACAUUUUAAAUAAUUAAUUUUUAAUGUUUUACUGUUGAGUAUAAAAGAUAAUACAUGAAUGAAUUCUCUUAUGUGGUCAAAACACUGCUAACUUAAGCUCUCUUAACAUUUUUAACUUAAUUUCUCUUAGCAUUGUUAACUUAAUCUCUGUUAACAUUAUUAACUUAAGCUCUCUUAGCAUUGUUUACGUGAGCUCUCUUAGUACUUUCAACUUAAGCUCUCAUACCACUGUUAACUUAAGCUCUCAUACCACUGUUAACUUAAGCUCUCAAAACACUGCUAACUUAAGCUCUCUUAACAUUGUUAAAUUUAGACUUUGAAUAGUGUUGAGUUUUGUGUUUUUUUCUUUGUUGGAUGCCGCUGUCUUUUGUUGCUUCUAAAUGAUUUCUUUGGUCUGGAUCUGAAAUAUUUCUGUGUCUGUUUUUCAAAGAACUGCAAUUGUUCAAUAAUUAAUUUCGAUGUGAUAAUUCGAUGGACGGUGUGGAGAUAAAAUGCACCUUGUCAACGUAUCAACUGGCCAAAUUUGUUACAAGUUACAUUCGAUGUUGAGAUGUAUCUUCAAUUAGCAGUUAGCGACUUUGUUGUCCAUUGCACUAGUUGUUAGGAUAUAAUGCUUUAUUUUUAAUGUUAAUUUUUAAAUUAUCAAGAAAAAAUUAAGCUACUUGAUAGUAUGUAACGUCCAUAGAUACAUUUUUAAAAUAAUUCAUUAUUUUACUAAAUUAAUCAUAAUAUCAAAUGCAUUUUCUAAAAAAAUUAUGUCAAAUAAAAAAAUAAAUAUUUUUUUUUAAAAACUUUGCGAAGAUAAAGUUCACGGAAAGGUUGUUGUACAUUUUAAAGUGAUUAUAAAUAUGUCUAUAAAAAAGUCAUGGUUGUUACAGACGUGAAAAAUAAGUUAAGAUAUUCUUUCAAUCUUAAAAACUAUUUGAAAUGAGUAAAACAAAGAAAGAUUAAACCUGAAAAGGGAACGCAACAAAACAACAAACGUGUCGGCAGGAUGCCUUCAUCAGCGAACAAACAAUAGAAAGAAACAUAAUAAACAUUUAAAAAUUCAGUUUUAACCUUACUUUGUUUUACUAAUUUCAUAUGGUACUAACCUGAUUGCAGUCUCUCCCCUCAUGACCCUUAAGAAUUAUUUGUUUUAAGGUUUUCCGAUGCUAAAGUAUGGAAGCUGUGGAUAUUUAUUUUGUUUUAUGGGAAGUACCAAUCAAUCAUUUCCUUUCAUGUUGAAGUUAUUUAAAAAGUUAUAUAAAUUUCUGUGUACAUUUCAUAUGUGAAUGCAAGUUGUUCUUUUUCUUUUUCGAGUGCAUCAGCGUUGAGAUGGGUAGGUUAAGCUGAUAUAAUAUUGCAGAUGAAUAUUUCUCAAAACUAAAUGAUGUUAGAAACGUAAAUAGCAAUGCUUACAUUUUUCUUUUUGUAAACAAAGGAGGUAUGAUUAAUAUAUUUCGACCAUCCCCUGCCCCCCCCCUCCAAAAAAAAAAAAGAAGAAAAAAAAAGCCCAGCGAAAUCCCAUAAUUUAUAGAACAAUAUGUGUCACCAUAGAAAUAAGAUCUUCAGAGUCAAUUCAAAUAUAAAUCCCAUAUAUACGUCAGAAAGACAAGGGGCGGCAAAAGUAAUCUUUCUUACUUUUUCACCCGGGGGGGGGGGCACCUUUUCUAUGGUGGCGCAAUUCUCCAGUGACGUAUUUACUCAGCAUACCCUGUUCUUGUUCAUGUGACGAGAACUUUUACAUUGACCCUAAUUUUCUUUCCACUUUUAUAACAAUAUGUAUCACCAUAGAAAUAAGAUCUUCAGAGUCAAUUCAAAUAAAAAUCCCAUUUAUACGUCAGAAAGACAAGGGGCGGCAAAAGUAAUCUUUCUUACUUUUUCACCCGGGGGGGGGGGGCACCUUUUCUAUGGUGGCGCAAUUCUCCAGUGACGUAUUUACUCAGCAUACCCUGUUCUUGGUCAUGUGACGAGAACUUUUACAUUGAUCCUAAUUUUAUUUCCACUUUUAAUCCAAUGUCUUGGUGCAAACAUUUGAGUAACUAUGUUUGCAGUUACUAGAUGACGCUUAGUGACCUACAUACGGGUUCUAUUUAUGUUUACCCACACUUUAUUUUAUUUUUGUUUCUUUAUUAGCUAUUUCGAAUCAUAUUGAUUAGAAUUUGACAAAAAAGGCGCCCAGGUGAAAACUUAAAUUUGGCAAAGGCGCCGGUAAAAAAAUCUUUCUAGGAACCACUGUCAUAGCCGAGGGGGGUUAGGGGGGGGGGAGAGAUACGUCACAAGCUCAUUGAACAUGCGGUGGACGAAAUAUUACUGUAACACUCCUACUACUAAGCGAAAUCUUAGAUGGUUCAUUGGUGAAAACGCAAGGCAACCUUAUGACAGUAAUUCCUACAAAACAUUGCAUGAUAUUUUUACAGCAUUCGAGCUACAAAUAUGAUAUAUUUGAAUGUUACUGUUACGCACUGCUAUCCGUAGGGAGAAAUUAGUCUCCUAUUUACAUGUAUGGCUCGUUCCAAAACAGUUCACAACCAGGCGAUAACGAAUAAUAAAAACAAUAACAGAGAAUACGAUACUCAAAGCAGUGCUAACUGCAAUUAAUAAGUUUUAUUUAGUUACUAAGAAAC